GUAAACAUGGCGCCGGGGGCGCUGCGCUCUCCUCCGGGGUGAAGCUCGCUGCGGUCCCUGCUCCUCAGUGCGGCGGCGAUGUCGGAGCCGGGGCACCUGGGGGUGAAGCGGGCCGAGUCGGCGCGGCUGCGGCGGGCCGAGCAGCUGCGGCGCUGGAAGGGUUCGCUGACCGAGCUGGAGCCGGUGGGCGCCCGGGGCCAGCACCGCGGCGGGGGGGCCCCCCGCGUCCGCUUCGAAGAGGGCGCCGUGUUCCUGGCCGCCUGCUCCAGCGGGGACGCCGAGGAGGUGAAGCGCCUGCUGGCCCGCGGCGCCCGCAUCAACACGGCCAACGUGGACGGGCUGACAGCGCUGCACCAGGCCUGUAUAGACGAGAACCUGGACAUGGUGAAGUUCCUGGUAGAAAAUGGAGCCAGUGUAAACCAGCAGGAUAAUGAGGGCUGGACCCCCCUUCACGCUGUGGCAUCCUGUGGCUAUCUGAACAUAGCAGAAUACUUGCUCAGCCAUGGAGCCAACGUGGCUGCUGUUAACAGUGAAGGUGAAGUCCCAUCUGACCUUGCAGAGGAAGCAGCCAUGAAGGACCUGCUUCUGGAACAAGUAAAGAAACAAGGGGUGGACCUGGACUUGGCAAGGAAAGAGGAAGAGCAACAGAUGCUGCAGGAUGCACGGCAGUGGCUAAACAGUGGGAAGCUUGAGGAUAUAAAGCAACCUCGAUCAGGUGCUACUGCUCUGCAUGUAGCUGCAGCCAAGGGCUACUCUGAAGUCAUGAGGCUCUUGAUCCAAGCUGGGUUUAAUUUGAAUGUCCAGGACAACGAUGGCUGGACUCCACUCCAUGCUGCUGCACACUGGGGAGUGAAAGAAGCUUGCACUAUCUUGGCUGAAGCGCUCUGUGACAUGGACAUCAGGAACAAGCUGGGCCAGACACCAUUUGAUGUGGCUGAUGAGGGACUGGUUGAGCACUUGGAGAUGCUGCAGAAAAAACAGAAUGUGCUGCGCAGUGAGAAGGAGACGAGAAACAAGCUAAUUGAAGCUGACGUGAAUGGCAAACUGCAAAGUGGACUCUUCAAAAACAAAGAGAAGAUUCUUUAUGAAGAAGACACUCUGAAGUCCCGGGAACCAGAAGAGGAGAACAAGGAAUCGAGCAGUUCCAGCUCUGAGGAAGAGGAGGAAGCCGAAGAGGAUGAGGCUUCAGAAUCAGAUGCUGAAAAGGAGGCAGAGAGAAAGAAAGAGUCCUUUGCCAACCAUUCUGGUCAUGAACCCAGGACUAGCGUCACUGAGCAAAUACCACCACCAGAACAUAACUCCUUCACCGCAGCUCCUGCCAGAAAAUUCACCAGUUUGCUCAACAAAUCAGAGGAGCAAAAGGAUGAAUCUCCCUCAUCUUGGAGGCUUGGUCUACGGAAAACUGGCAGCCACAAUAUGCUAAGUGAAGCUGCUUCCCGGGAGGCACUGAGAGAGAGAGGUUCCUCCAUCUACCGCUCUUCAUCGAGUCCCCGGAUUUCUGCAUUAUUAGACAACAAAGAAAAGGAUAAGGACAGCAAAAACUACUUUGCCCCCAUAGCCCCUAGAAGACUAAGCAGUACGGGUGACAUAGAAGAAAAGGAAAACAGAGAAUCUGCUGUUAACCUGGUGAGGAGUGGCUCCUACACCCGGCAGCCGUGGAGGGAUGAACCAAAGGGAAACGAAGCCCCCCAGACUGGUGCACCUUCCACCUAUGUAUCUACCUACCUGAAAAGUGCUUCAUUUGGUAGAAGUAGUGACCUCAACAGUCCCUACAUUUCAGCCAAUCGUAAUACAUCUGCUACCUCACCCACUACCAUUGGUUCAUCUACCUCAUUGGGCACCCAGUGGCAACUUGCCUCUUCCUGUCCUACAUCUCUUAGUGCGAACACUACUGCAUCAAUCCGCCAGCAUACCAGAGCCCCAUACCGGCAACAAACUGACUCUACUGUAGAGAAAAAUACAGAGAACAUCUCUGCUAGCACUCCACUAGGUGUAAUCACAAAUCGCACUUUACUCAGCACUGCCAAUGGUGUUACAUCUGCCAACGCCACGUCAACUACUGGAAUGGACUCCUCAAAUGGAGAAGCCAGGGAGCGAAGAAGGUCAUAUCUGACUCCUGUGCGGGAUGAGGAAGCAGAGUCACUAAGGAAGGCCCGAUCCAGACAGGCCCGCCAGACUCGUAGGUCUACACAGGGUGUAACACUCACAGACCUUCAGGAGGCAGAACGAACUUUCAGCCGGUCUCGAGUGGAGCGGCAAGCUCAGGAACAACAAAGUGAGAAACCUGAGAGCACUGAGGACAGCAGUGAGAGACGGGAGGAGACCCGGCCCUGGUGGAAUAGAAACCAGGAUGAGGAGUCUGUCUAUCGGCGAUUAAGGUGUCCAGCACAAACAGACAAACCCACAACACCAGUAUCUCCCUCCACGUCAGCCCCUUCUCUUUACACAAGUUCUCACCUGGCCCGGACAAGUAGAUCUCUGGACCCUGACUCUGUGAACCCAGCAGACUUCCAAAGCACGGCCACUGAGAUGGAGAAAAAUGAGUGUGAAGAUCAGGAUUUAGAUGAUAGAUCUCCAAACAAGCAGUCAAUCCGAGAGAGACGGCGGCCAAAGGAGAGGCGAAGAGGCACUGGAAUCUCUUUCUGGACAAAAGAUGAUGACGAGGUUGAUGGGAAUGAGGAAGUGAAGGAGUCUCGGCAUGAAAGACUUUCCAGGUUGGAAUCAGCAGGUACAAGCCCUACCACCAGCGACUCGUACAGCGAUCGCGCCUCCAGCCGCUCCAGCGCUUACACCAGAAGAGAGAACCGCCUGGCUUCCCUCAGCAGUAGAACAGAGGAGGAGACUAACAGGGACUAUAAAAAACUCUAUGAGGGCGCGCUGUCUGAAAACCAAAAGCUGAAAUCAAAACUGCAGGAAGCCCAGCUGGAGCUGGCUGAUAUCAAAUCGAAACUGGAAAAAGCAGCCCAGCAGAAACAGGAAAAAACCUCUGACCGAUCAAGUAUGCUGGAAAUGGAGAAAAGGGGGAAACGAGCCCUCGAGCGGAGACUUUCUGAAAUGGAGGAGGAGAUGAAGGUGUCCUCCAGUAGACUGAUCCCAACCAGAGUGAAUAGAGAGGACUUGAAUCCCCUUGUAGCAGACUCUCUAGGGCUAGAGAAGCAGGUUUUGACAGAGCUGAAGUCCGACAAUCAGAGGCUGAAAGAUGAAAAUGGAGCACUCAUCCGUGUCAUCAGCAAACUCUCCAAGUAGGACGUCGGAGGGAAGGAAGGAAGGAGGGGGCUUCUCUGCACAAGCUGCCAACCCUGCCACCCAGCCCCCAACCGCCUCUUGCCCUCCAAUCAAAAGUACAGCAAGCCUUUCAGCCGUGGGAACAAUGCGCCUCGCACUCCCCCGUCCCGUCCCCUCAUUGUACAUUCCCUUAGCACCCCUCUGAAUGCACCCCCAGCCAUUUUAUUAUUUUAAUUUAAGCAUGUCGUGGUAUCUUGGACAUUUUAUUCAAGGGGAAAAGAGACAUGAGAGCUGGGUUUGAGCUGCCAAAACUUCCUGCCACAAACCCAGCCUUGUCCACAUUGGACUCCAGUCUGGAGCAGAGAAGCUUCUACUGUAAUAAGCGAUACAGAAAUGACUCUGUAGAAGUGAUCCGACGGGUCCAGAACCUUUGUAGCUGGGGGCAGGGGGACAUGGGCGGGAGUUGUCACACUGAGGGUGUACGUCAGCUGCCCACUUGGCGUUGGGGGUCCGGUUACAAUGUGAUGCUGUGAAAGCCACGGGGGCUCGUUUCUGUGACAGACUGUGACGACAGCUGCUUUGCACGGAGGCUCUGUUCUCCUGUCAUCCCAGUAGCUGACUCUAUUUAACGUACGAUUUUAAAUCUGUUUGCUAUCUUCAUUUCUGAAUCCCAGUUUCAGACCCACCCCCCCGCCCGCCCAUUGCCCAUGCUUCAUUUCUGCAGCCCAGGCAAUCGUGGGUCACUCUGUACUCCUUCCACAGUUGCUGUCUCGGUUACUAUCCAGGUAAUAGCAUCUGCUAAUUGCAUCUGGGCUCUUUCCUCUUGGGAUAAGAUUCAUUGCUGAUAUUGGCCGGGGUCUCUGAUGAAGGAGAAACUGAAGCAGCAGAGGUCACCUGCUGCCCUCACAUGCACAUGUAACAAAUCUGGGUUUGAAUAUCCAUGCAGGGAGGUACGCAUGCACAAAUAACCAACCCCCAUCUUCUUCCAGUAGCAACAGAAUGAGCAUUUGUCUGUUAGUGUUACUUACAGGAUAGCACCCUGCAAAGUACUCGGAGCAGAUGUCUGGUGUACUUGUUUUAAUUUCCAACAAGAGCAAAAACGAAUGAAAAUACAGGUGUAUUUUGAGUUGGCUUUAAAGAGGAGAGGGUGGAGAGGCUGUAUUUGGCUACAAAAAGGAUAGCCCGGCCUUUGAUGGCAAAUCCUGACACAGCUAAUACAGCAAGGUUGAGAAACCUUAAGCAAUGAUCAGUUGCCAGCUCCAUGUCAUUAGAGGGUGUAACUGUUUUCAUUUAAUAGUGGCCAGAAUGAGCCAGUUUUGGGGUGUGUACUGGUAACCAGAUCUGUGGGGUAAACUGUUUUGAUUGCUGGAAGCUAGCAACAGGAUUUGACAUGGAUGAAAACCUCAAAGGGCUCUUUCAUGUCCUGUGUACUUGGAACAAUUUGGAAGUGUUCACUUCCAAGGGCAUUAAGAAGGUGACUCCUCCAGAUGUUACACACGUCUCUUUCUAGCUUCCAGUGGAAGCCGGGCAUUAACUUGUUAACACAUCUGCUGAGUCUACCAUUAGAGAACUACUUGUGGUGGGUUCGGGAAAGGACCCUCCUUGUUCAGAGAUUCCAGCGCUGGCGCAGAAGAUGUGAGUCUAGCCACUAUGUUGACAGGGACAGAUGAGUAACUUGAACAUGGAUAUUAUUCUCAUCAUUGCUCAACAGGGUAAAGUCUAACUUUGUCUUUAGCAUCUCGGUUAUUGCAUCAGUAGGUGUUGGCCUGAGGCAAAGUUUCUUAUCUCCCUUCUAUUUUUUGUAUCCAAAACUUGGUUUUGCACCUACUCUCCAGCUCCUGUGGUGCAUCCACCAUCCUCUCAGCUGAGCAGGAUGACAAGACCCACUUCGGAGCCUCAGUGGCAUUGCUUGUGUGUGAUGCGAGACAUCACUUUUCCUCCGAAUGCAUUGAGUUGUUGCAACUGCAACACAUCUAGUCCAGAGGGGAAGAGAUCAAAGCCAAUCAUGGCACCUGGGCCUUCUGCAUAGCACUGUCUCUGAGCCAGGGAUCCAUUUUAUUCCUUCUAGAACUUCAUAGCAUCCGGAAUUAAAAUGGGCAAAUGCUUAUCUGGUUUAAUUCCUCACACCUUAUCCAAACGCUGCUCUCCUCUAGUAAGCACUUGUUCUCUGGGGUUUUCCCCAUCCCCCUGGAAUUUUCAUUUUAUGGCCCACUGCUUGCUUCAGUUUUGGACUGUUAAGUCUAGAUGUGACAGGAGGUUGCUCACUUCCUAUGUAUGUGGAGGUAGAGGUUCUACACCUGUCAGUGGGCUACGGAGAGCAAUGCCUUUCAGCUGGCUGGUAUGCUAUUGCGAGUCUCUCAUGAACAUGUUUUCCAUUGGACAAGAACCACUGUCUGUUUUUUCAAUACUCCAGUCUGCAGUAUUCCAUUCUGCACUAUGAGUUUGCCACUACCUACCUGGACCAUUAAAAAGACAAAAUUCAGGGAAUCCUUCUUCUUUACUGCACUUGAUCCUAACGAAGAAUCUGCAAUAGGUAAUAUGGGAUGCAAGAGGCAUGAAUCUCAUGUAGUACCGUGUGAAGCCAAGACACUUUAAAUUAGGUGUCUGUUUAGCACUAGGUUUAUCAUCCUAAUCUCUGUCUAGGCUAGAACUCAGAACAAAAAUUUAAUGUCAUUGACUAGCCAGAGCUACAAGCAUUUCAUAGUGAUACAAUGCUGUUGUACACCAACUCGGUCAGAAUGUUUCUUGGGCUCAGUUGACCUUUGCUGACUUAACUAUCCCACUGAGGAGAUACAAUGCAAGACACACGGCUUUCUACUCUCAAGGCAGAGUGCAGUUUUUUUAAAAUGUUCCCUAUUUUAAUCCAUAGCAUUUGCCAGUGGUCUCCCCUAGAACGCACUAGAGCUUUUUCCAAGCAAUUGCUUGGGGGUGAACCCAUUU